AUGGGAGGGGAAAAUGAAAGAGGAGGGGACGAGGAAGGGCGGGGAGAGCGGGGGAAAGGGGAAAAAAUAAACGGUGUUUGCCAUAGGUUUGGAAGCACUGCAGCCAAUUUCAAUUGUUUCCAUCGUGUCCUUUUUGGAGGCGGAAAAUCUCCACUUUCCGCUUCACCCUCUCACCCCCAUCUCCUCCUCCCCCACCACUUCCACCUCCCUAUACCACUUCUCAUUCCAUUGUGUACAUUUCGAUUUUUCAUGCCUCUUAAAUGUUGUUUUAAAUAUAGAAAUGUGAAAUAUACCAUUAAAAUGAUUUUAAGAAAACUUAUUGGCGAUGAGCCAUUCCAAUUUCAAGAUGACGCAUUGCCGUGAUAGCAAUAUCGGAUGGGAAGUAUGAGGAUGAUGAAUCAUCAUUCAAUUAUCAUAAUCAUUGAUAAUUUUAGCACCUUCUUAUCUUCAUAUAAUGAAUAAUGUCAGAUUUAAUUACUCAUAACUAAUUGAAAUCCAAAAAUGUUCUUUUCUUUUGUGUUAGCUUAAUUAGAUAAAUUGUUAUCUUAGUCAUCCAUAAUUCCGAAAUAUUAAAAACUAAAUUUUGAAAAUUAAUCAUGAAUUAAUAAAUCUUUAUUUUUCAGAAGUGAAAGAAAGAGGAAGAAAAAUGAAAGAAGCUUAAGAAAUUUUAGAUAUUACCGUAACUAUAUGAAAAGAUAUUAAAAUAUUGAAAAUGGCAAA